CCCCAGUAAACGAGAAUAAAAUCGUUCGAGAAUUCCAGAAUUAUAUCCCAUAAAAAAAAUUCCAGAAUUGUAUCAUGGCCAGUGACCUAAGUGAGGUAGAAGAAGAAGAGAAGGAAACAUGGGUAACAAUGGGAUCGUACGGAGGAACAGUGAGGCAGCUGAGGGGCGCCACAAAAGGAGAAGGAGAAGGAGAAUCAUGUGCCGCUACGGCAGCUGAAGAGGAGAUUAUGUUGCUGUGGGGAAUCCAACAGCCAACUCUCUCCAGACCAAACGCAUUCGUCGCCCAAUCCUCUCUUCAACUCAAACUCGAUUCUUGUGGCCAUUCUCUCUCUAUUUUCCAGUCCCCUUCCUCCCUGAGCACGCCUGGGGUCACUGGUUCCGUCAUGUGGGACAGUGGAAUUGUAUUGGGGAAGUUUCUAGAGCAUGCUGUGGACUCGGAGUUGUUACUUCUGCAAGGCAAGAAAGUUGUUGAACUGGGCUCUGGCUGUGGUUUAGUCGGUUGCAUUGCAGCCCUUUUAGGUGCUCAAGUUGUCCUUACCGAUCUUCCUGAUAGAUUGAGGCUACUAAAAAAAAACAUUGAGGCCAAUCUGAUACAUGGAGAUGUGCGAGGUUCAGCAACAGUGAUGGAAUUACUAUGGGGAGAUGAUCCUGACCCGGAACUGAUAGAACCUCAACCUGAUUUUGUUCUAGGAUCUGAUGUAAUCUAUAGUGAGGGAGCAGUACUGGAUCUGCUGACUACCUUGCAACAACUCUGUGGGUCUGAUACAACAGUGUUCUUGGCUGGAGAACUUCGAAAUGAUGCUGUCCUUGAAUACUUCUUAGAUUGUGCAAUGGAGAAUUUCAUAAUUGGACGUCUGGAGCAGAGUCAGUGGCAUCCAGACUAUUGUAGCAGUCGCAUUGUUUUGUAUGUUCUGGUCAAGAAAGUGAUUGUGGAUGUUUAGGAAGAAAACAAAGAUCUUUCUACAAAUACCGUCCGUCGAACUCGUACGGUUGUACCAUGUAACUGAAAAUUCUCUUUAUACUGUAACAUUUGAUACCUGGCAUUCAUCUUUUGUAGUCUGAAGUUUUUAUGAUCUUCAGAAGAGGGGGGACUGGUAAGAGACUCAUUGAGGUUCUUUGCGUUUGUUUACCCGUGCAAAAACUAUCCUAUUUGUGAAGAUCAAAGACUUGAUUUA